UCAUAAUUUUUUAGUUUGUUAUAAACUUGAGGGUUAAGCUCCACCUGGUAAAUUUGUUCAGACUGAAGACACUGGACAGGCUCCUGCACGUUCUUUCUUGACAGUCCAGAAGUUUCAGCAGCUUUUGUCUCCAGGUUGAAAGUCUCUCUCGUCACUGGAAAAUCUGGGUGCCAUUUCCCCAUCCUAUGCAUACCAGCAUGACUUUCUUUGCCUGUUGUUUUUUGGGGAACAUUCAUGCUGGCCAUUUUUGAUACUAUGUUUCCUGGUACUUGUAUUUCUAAGUUAGAAAGGCAUAUAGGCUGAUGACUUUCUGUGUCAUGUUUGUGUGUGAACCACAUAGGCAGCUCUACAUAGGCAGCUCUUCGGGACUGUGCUUGAACUCAGUGGAUCCUUGAACCCAUGGCUCUUCCCCUUGCUCUAGACAAGAGAUCACUUUAGGUUUGUGGAGCACAAAUACAGCUAGAGAGAUUGACAGUCUCAUAGUUUUCCUGCAUCACUUCAGUAGAGGAUCUUCUGCUUGGGAUCUAGUAACUUCCAUUCUUCCUGGAAAAAUACAUGGCUACUUCUUCAAAUGCCAACAAGCUCUGGGACUCUGGCAAGACGAGCUCAGGUGCCACUGUCCAGUCUUUGGUGGUGAUCUGUUCAGGAAAGACUAGAUCUACCGAGCCGGCAUAGCUCUCUCACACACAGGCUGUCUGUUAAUGAGUAUUUCUGCUCAGCUGUUGUAGAACCUGGUAUGUAUUCCAAAAUUCUUCAUCCUGGGAGCUGCCCACUGGAUGGGACACUGCUGGCUUCAGUUUGAAGCCUGGGGCCUCUGCUGUUUCUUCCAAGAGCACUGACUCCUUUCCCAGCUCAUGGACUGCAACAGUCAUCAUUCUGCCUUGGAACAGUUUGCUCCUGUGUUGGACAGCUCUGAGAAGCCCGUAACCAGGACAGUUGCUCAUUCCACACUUAAAGCCCUCCUAACACCCAACCUGUCAUCCAUUCUUCUCAUCCCAAAGCUUAUCCAGAAGGCAAGGAGAUACCACAGACACAGUAAGUCCCCAAAUCUAAAUCUCUUCCAUCCUCAAAGUUAGACUAUAUACGGAGACCUGUGGAAACCAGGAGCCUGAAGGUAGGCAAGAUAAUACAUAUCAAGGGUUGCUGUACAUUACAUGUUUUAAGGAAUACAAGAGGAUGAAACCAGUCAUCGGGCCUGGUCUGAGUUUUUCUAAAACCAGCCCAGUCUCUCCCUGGGUGUAGUGCCUAAUCAGGAGUGCCAAUAUUCUCAGGAGAAAAGUCAGAACAAGUCCUAAUUCCUGUAGGUAGCCUUCUGACAUGUUUCUAGAAGUCAACUGGUAUGAAGGAUGACUAACCAACUGUGACAUGGAGACAAAAGGUCUGAAAUCUACCCCAUGUCAUACUGGCUUCCUAGGGACACCAGAACAGAGGCCCCCAAAUUCCCUGAGCAGCAAUCCUUCUGUCCUCAGCAGGAUUCUGCUGGCAGGCCCUAGUCAAGAAAUGGGAACCAAAAAAUUUCUGCAUCUCCAGAGGAAACACCCAUGACUCACUAGGAGGGCUAGGGAUAUCAGAGGAAUGAUCUUUUCUUGGGCUUUGAGUAUGGGGUGUUUGGUACACUCUGGGUUCUUCUGGGAUUUUUGCUGAUGUAGAGAAAUAUAACUGAUAAGGACUCAGAGCUCUGUGGGGGCAAAUAUAUAGAUAUUUUCAUACAAAACCCAAAUCUUGUAAUUUAGACUUUUCUUCACCCUUAGAGAACCCCGAUUGAGGAUUUUUAAAUGACUAUUAAAUACAACUUUGAGAGACCAGCUGCAUGAGAGUUCUGCACAUCAUCACAGAGCAGGUUCAGCUGUUGAAGUCAGCUGGGUGCCUCAGCCCUCAACAGCUGCAGUUCAUAUUCAGCAACAUUCCCUUGCUUACUGACCUCAGCUAGAAGCUUUUGGAGAGCCAGCAGAACUUCCAAGCUCUAACUCAUGUCGGGUUUGGAAGGGCUGCCCUGUACAUUCCAAGUUUUAAGGAGUAUAAGAGGAUGAAACGAGUCAUCAGGCCUGGACUGUUUUCUAAAAUUGCAGUUCCCUGCACACAAUGUACCCCUUCUCUGAUUGUUUUCUCCCCUAAGCAUUUUGCCAUCAACCAUAUUAUUUAUUUUCUCUCCUCACUAAAUUAUUAUUCCAAAAAGGCAAGCAUUUUUGCCUCUUGAUCUCAGCUAUAUCUCCAGGUCAAAGAACAGUAUACAGUAAUUGCAGGGGACUGCAAUUUUAGAUGGGUAGCUAGCAAAGGCCUUACUGAGCUUAUGUGAACUUCCAAGCGUUAUGUAAGCAUUAAGGUGAGGGUACACAGUGGGCUAGCGAGCUGAGUGCCUGGCACACACUAAGACUCAAUAAAUUCAAACUAAUACUCUUACUGUCAAGAGAGGGCCUGAUCACGGGAGCUAGUUGCUUUUACCGCCUUUCCUUAGGGGCUUAAAGAGAGGAUGCAUGAUUUCGGUGACUUUUACUGGAGCUCCUCACUGACUCCCAUUCCAAGACACGAACUUUCAAAUCCCACCCAUUGCUUAAAGCCCAAAUGAAGCGCCACUUCCUAAGAGGCACUUUCCUAGUAUUCACUAUUCUCUCUCUCUCACUUAUGUCCUUAGAGGCUUCUUUGAUCUAGCCCAAGUUCCAUUACUAAGUCGCUAUUUGUCUUUGGGCAAGUCACCUUAAUCUGGUUCUUAUUUUUCAUCAGUAAAAUUAAACGGUUAUAUUAGAUUUACCUUCUGGCUCUAAUAUUUUAUGACUCUAAGAGCAAGCCCCAAAUCCCCACUCUUCUCACUGCUCAUUCAACAAUCCUAACGGCAGCUGGUGCCCGCUGUACAGGGGUCUCCGCAAAAGCCCAAGCCAUAAUCGGGGUCAGUCACGCCCAACGAUACCGAGGAACUGCAGGUAUCCGACCCGGCCCACCUUACGACAACACCUAACCUUUCCCAGAACGCCCGCCCUUCCAGCAUUUCCGGCUCUUCCCCCGAUCUUCUUCCGGAACACUAGCUCGGGUCUGACUCCGCCCCUCCUGCACUCUUCAGAGUCCAUUGGCUGUUUCUUUGAGGAAGCGGAGCAUUUCCUGGCGUUGAUUGGUUUCCGUCACUCUUGAGGGAGUUAGUUACAAACAAGGCGUGUCUGGUCUCCCUGGUAACGCUUUGCCGAUAGCCCUGAUUGGUCCAUGUCCUAAUCCCAUCUUCCGUCCCGACCGCGAAUGGUUGAGUCCCUUGGCGGGGCGCGCCAGUGGUAGGUGUCGCGUUCGGGAUUCCUGAGCUGACGUGGCUUAAAUUUGGGAGGAGGGGGGCAACUGGAGCCUCUUCCCGUAGCCUCUUCCAGAACUUAGGCCUUUAGAUCUGUGGAGAUUCCUACACUCUGGAAAUUGUACUCUCAAGGGCAGUUCAGCACAUUCCUCUGUCCUCUGCAUUUCCUGCAAAUUGGCAGCUGGAUCCAGAGGCCUCGCCAGACUGGGGUUUGACCUUUUGAAAUGCUGAGCCGAUUGUCAGGAUUAGCAAAUGUUGUUUUGCAUGAAUUAUCAGGAGAUGAUACUGAUGAGAAUAUGAGGGCUUCCUUAGACUCUGAAUUACCCCAAGAGUCUGACAUGGAAUUUAAUGAUAAAACACAAGAGGAUGUUGUGGAGCGCCUGUCUUAUGCAGAGCAGUUGGUGGUGGAGCUAAAAGAAAUCAUCAGACAGAAGGAUAUUGAACUGAAGCAGAAAGAUGAAGUUCUACAGGAAGAAAGAAAAGCUGCCGAUAAUAAAAUAAAAAAACUAAAACUUCAUGCUAAGGCCAAAUUAACUUCUUUGAAUAAACACAUAGAAGAAAUGAAGGCACAAGGAGGGACUGCUCUGCCUGUGGAACCUCAGUCAGAGGAGCAACUCUCCAAGCAUGACAAGAGUUCUACAGAGGAAGAAGUGGAAGUAGAAAAGAUAAAGCAUAAACUUCAGGAGAAAGAGGAACUAAUUAGCAGCCUGCAAGCCCAGCUCACCCAGGCACAGGCAGAGCAAGCUAUACAGUUUGAUAAGAGUUCGACAGAGAUGGAAGAAUUUUCAAUGAUGAAGCAACAGCUCCAAGAGAAGGAGGAACUCAUUAACUCUCUGCAAACCCAGCUCAGCCAGACACAGGCAGAGCAAGCUGCUCAGUUGAGUUCCAUGCAGCAGGUGGUCCGAGAGAAAGAUGCCCGCUUUGAAACACAGGUUCGUCUUCAUGAAGAUGAGCUUCUUCAGUUAGUAACCCAGGCAGAUGUGGAAACAGAGAUGCAACAGAAACUGAGGAUGCUGCAGCGGAAGCUUGAAGAGCAUGAAGAAGCCUUGCUGGGCCGGGCUCAGGUCGUGGACUUGCUGCAACAAGAGCUGACUGCUGCCGAACAGAGAAACCAGAUUCUCUCUGAGCAGUUACAGCAGAUGGAAGCUGAGCGUAAUACUUUAAGGAACACUGUGGAAACAGAAAGACAGGAGUCCAAGAUUCUGAUGGAAAAGAUGGAACUUGAAGUGGCAGAGAGAAAAUUAUCCUUUCAUAGCCUGCAGGAAGAAAUGCAUCAUCUACUGGAACAGCUUGAGCAAGCAGGUCAAGCUCAGGCUGAACUGCAGUCCCGGUUCAGUGCUUUGGAGCAGAAGCACAAAGCAGAAAUGGAAGAGAAGACCUCUCACAUUUUGAGUCUCCAGAAGACUGAGCAAGACCUGCACUCUGCCUGUGAUGCUCUCAACGAUGAAAAUUCAAAGCUUCUCCAAGAGAAGAGCGAACAGGCAGUUCAUUCAGCCCAGACCAUUCAGCAGCUGGAAGAUCAACUCCUGCAAAAAUCCAAAGAAAUUAGCCAAUUGCUAAAUAAACCAACCUUGCAAAAAGAUGAAACAGCAUGUCAGACUUCUUUUCCAGAUGUUUCUAACGAAUGCGCACAGGUAGUCACUGAGGAGAAUAUUGCCUUUUUGCAGAAGAGAGUGAUAGAGCUAGAGAAUGAAAAGGGAGCCUUACUCCUUAGUUUUAUAGAGCUGGAAGAACUGAAAGCUGAGAAUGAAAAAUUAUCUUCUAAGAUUACUCUCCUGGAGGCUCAGAAUAGAACUGGAGAGGCAGAUAGAGAAAUAAGUGAGAUCAGCAUGGUCGAUACUACCAGGCUCAACAAGAGCAGCUCUUCUGCUGAGGAAAGUGGACAAGAUGUUCUAGAGAAUACAUUUUUUCAGAAACAUAAAGAACUGUCAGUUUUAUUGUUGGAAAUGAAAGAAGCUCAAGAGGAGAUUGCAUUUCUUAAGCUGCAGCUCCAGGGCAAAAGGGAUGAGGGGGACCCUGAUGUCCUUGACGACAAAGAAAUGAAACAGAUAGAGGGUGAAGGAAUACCUCCAGUCAGGAUGAAAAAAUUGCAUGAAGAUACAGGGCAGCAUUUUCCUCCAAUAUCAAAUGAAGAGAGCAGUCUUCCAACAACUGAAAAAGAAGAGAAGAUGAGCACUGAACAUCAAAAUAGAACAUCUGAGGAAAUAUCUUUAAGUGACACUGGAAUGGAAUUGAAAUUAGCAAAGCAGGAUGAUGUUGAUAAACCCCCUUAUGCUGUACCAGGUAUUUGUCAGUGUCACCAGGAUGAAUUGGAAAGGCUAAAAAGUCAAAUUUUGGAGCUUGAGAUAAACUUACGUAAAGCAGAAGAAACCUAUGAGAAAAAUUUAGAUGAUAAAGCAAAGGAAAUAAACAGCCUAACCCAGCAGAUUGAAGAUUUUAAGAAAAAUGCUGAAGACACCAACAGUGCAUUCGCUGCUUUGUCUGAAGAAAGAGACCAGCUUCUCUCUCAGGUGAAGGAACUUGGUGUAGUAACGGAACUGAGGGCUCAGGUACAGCAACUGAAAGUGAACCUUGCAGAAGCAGAAAGGCAAAGAAGGCUUGACUAUGAAAGUCAGACUAAUCAACACAACUUGCUUACUGAACAGAUCCACAGUCUCAGCAUAGAAGCCAAAUCAAAAGAUGUGAAAAUUGAAGUUUUACAGAAUGAACUGGAUGGUGUGCAGCUUCAGUUCUCUGAGCAGAGUACACUGAUGAAAAGCCUGCAAAACCAGCUGCAGAAGAAGGAAAGUGAAGUGCUUGAGGGGGCAGAACGUGUGAGGGAUAUCUCAAAUAGGAUGGAAGAGCUUAAACAGACUCUUUCACAGAAGGAGCUGGAAAUAGCAAAAAUGGAUCAACUCUUACUAGAGAAAAAGAAAGAUGUGGAAACCCUUCAACAAACGGUCGAGGACAAGGAUCAGCAAGUGACAGAAAUCAGCUUAAGUAUGACGGAGAAAAUGGUUCAGCUUAAUGAAGAGAAGUUUUCUCUUGGGGUUGAAAUUAAGACUCUUAAAGAACAGCUGAAUGUAUUAUCCAGAGCUGAAGAGGCAAAAAAAGAGCAAGUAGAAGAAGAUAAAGAAGUUGUUUCUGGCCUUAAACAGACUUACGAUGAAUUGAGCUCGGCAGGGCUAAUAAAUAAAGACCUUCAGCAUGAAUUGGACCUUGUAAAGAAAGAAAGUGAGCAGAGAAAAAGAAAGCUCCAGGCAGCUCUUAUUAACAGAAAGGAACUUCUACAGAGAGUCAGUAAAUUAGAAGAGGAAUUGGCCAAAGUGAAAGACGAAUCCGGAAAAGAGAUUCCAAUCAAUGGGAGUGAGAGGAGAGAAAUGGAGGAAGAUAAAGAAAGUAAAGAAGACUCAGAAAAAUGUGUGACUUCUAAAUACCAAGAAAUAGAAAUUUCUUUAAAACAGACAAUAUAUGAGAAAGAAGUGGAACUAGAGCAUUUAAGGAAGGAUUUGGAAGAAAAGGCAGCAGCUGAAGAAGAGUUACAAGCUGUGCUCAAAGAGAUGAAUCAGAACUUGCAAGAGAAAGCAAACCAAAUAGAUGUGCUCCAAGCAGAAAUCAUUGAAAACCAAGCAAUUAUCCAAAAGUUAACCACAGGUAAUAAGGAUGCAGGUGGUGGAGAUGCCGCAGCACCUGGAAAAGAAAUAGUGAUGAGCAGCCCACCUGAUGCAGGUGCUGUAGAACACUGGAAAGCAGAGCUGGAAGAAAAGAUAAUGGACCUUGAAAAAGAAAAGGAGCAACUUCAAAAGAAGCUACAGGAAGUGGUAACCUCCCGCAAGGUGAUUCUAAAAAAGGCACAGGAGAAAGAAAGACAUCUUAGGGAGGAGCUAAAGCAACAGAAAGAUGACUAUAAUCGCUUGCAAGAACAGUUUGAUGAGCAAAACAAGGAAAAUGAAAACAUUGGAGACCAGCUAAGGCAACUCCAGAUUCAAAUACGGGAGCCUGUAGACAGAAAGCUUCUAGACACUGAGCAGCAGUUACGAGGCUCUGCCACUCAAGGUUUAGAAGACCCUUUACUCAAAGCCACGGAGCAGCAACCUGCCCAGCCUGUUUCAGAGUCUAACUUGUGCCUAGACCGGGCUUCUCAUUCUGGAGACGCACAUGCUCUGCAGGGCAAUACUUCUAUUGCCCAGAUUAAGACCCAGCUCAAAGAAAUAGAGGCUGAGAAAGAGGAGUUAGAAUUGAGGGUUAAUUCUACCAUAAGUGAGCUUACUAAAAAAUCAGAAGAGGUAUCUCAAUUACAAGAGCAGAUAAAUAAACAGGGUUUCGAAAUCCAAAGUCUGAAGGCAGCGUCCCAAGAAGCCGAAGCCCGCGCAGAAAGCCUGAGGCAGAAAUUGGAAAGCAGCCAAGUAGAAAUCGCUGGAUUAAAACAUUUAAGAAACUUACAGCCUGAACUAGACGAACUGCAAAAACUCAUAAGCAAAAAGGAAGAAGAAGUUAGAUACCUUUCUGGACAGCUUAGCAAGAAAGAAGAAGCGCUUACUAAAGUACAAACAGAGAUGGUAGAACAAGAGGAUUUAAUUAAGGCUCUGCAUACACAGCUGGAAAUGCAGGCCAAAGAACAGGAUGAGAAGAUAAAGCAGUUACAGGAGGAACUUUGUGAGAUGAAGCAAAGACCAGAAGAGAUGGGAGAAGAAAAUAAAGCAAAGCAACAAAUACAGAGGAAACUGCAGGCUGCCCUCAUUUCCCGAAAAGAAGUGCUAAAAGAAAACAAAGGUCUCCAAGAGGAGUUGUCUUUGGCCCGAGAUACCAUUGAACAUCUCACUACAUCUCUGGCAGAUGUGGAAAGGCAAGUUUCUGCUCAAAAUAAAGAGCAAGAUACGUUCUUAGGCAAGUUAGCUCUUCUUCAGGAAGAAAGAGACAAACUCAUUACAGAAGUGGACAGAUCUUUAAUGGAAAAUCAGAGUCUCACUGGUUCUUGUGAAAGUCUGAAAUUGGCUCUGGAGGGUCUUACUGAAGACAAAGACAAGUUAGUGAAGGAAAUUGAAUCUUUGAAAUGUUCUAAGAUUGCGGAGAGCACUGAGUGGCAAGAGAAACACAAAGAGUUACAAAAAGAGUAUGAAGUUCUUCUGCAGUCCUAUGAGAAUGUUAGUAAUGAGGCAGAAAGGAUUCAGCAUGUGGUGGAAACCGUGAGGCAAGAGAAGCAAGAACUGUAUGGCAAGCUAAGAAGCACAGAAGCAAACAAGAAAGAAGUGGAAAAGCAGUUGCAGGAAGCCCAACAGGAAAUGGAGGAAAUGAAAGAAAAGAUGAGAAAGUUUGCUAAAUCUAAACAGCAGAAAAUCCUAGAGCUGGAAGAAGAGAAUGACCGGCUUAGAGCGGAAGUACACCCUGCAGAAGGCACAUCUAAAGUCUGUAUGGAAGAACUUCUUUCUUCCAAUUCCAACAUGAAGGAGGAACUGGAAAGGGUCCAAACAGAGUAUAAAACCCUUUCUGAAGUGUUUGAAGCCUUAAUGACUGAAAAAGACUCUCUAAGUGAAGAAGUUCAAAGUUUAAAACAUGAGAUAGAAGGUGGCAUGUCCAAACAAGCCAGCCUAGAGGCCACUGAGAAACAUGAUAAACAAAUGCACGUCACUGAAGAGGCAGCACAGCCUACCCCAGAUGAGGCUAACAAGCAAGACUCUUUGAGUAUGAGUGCAAGGCGUGAAUGUUCAGAAUCCAUUCUGCCAGAGACCAGUGUCAAGCCUGAUAUAGGUGAGAAUGUCAGCUCCAAUGAUGAAAUUAAUAAGUAUCUACAGCAGAUUGAUCAGCUCAAAGAAAGAAUUGCUGACUUAGAAGAAGAGAAACAGAAAGAAAAGGAAUUGAGCCAGAUUUUAGAAAAUGAGAGAAAUGCUUUACUGAGUCAAAUAUCAGCAAAGGAUGGUGAACUAAAAAUGCUUCAGGAUGAAGUAACCAAAAUAAACCUAUUAAAUCAGCAAACCCAAGAAGAACUUGCCAGAGUAACCAAGCUCAAGGAGACAGCCGAAGAAGAGAAAGAUGAUUUGGAAGAGAGGCUUAUGAAUCAAUUAGCAGAACUUAAUGGAAGCAUCGGGAAUUAUUAUCAGGAUGUUACAGAUGCCCAAAUAAAAAAUGAGCGACUGGAAUCUGAAAUGCAGAACCUUAAAAAAUGUGUGAGUGAAUUGGAAGAAGAAAAGCAGCAGUUGGUCAAGGAGAAAACUCAGGUGGAAACAGAAAUACGAAAGGAAUAUAUGGAGAAAAUACAAGGUGCCCAGAAAGGACCUAGUAAUAAGAGCCAUGCAAAGGAACUUCAGGAGCUGUUAAAAGAAAAGCAACAAGAAGUAAAGCAGCUGCAGAAGGACUGCAUCAGGUACCAAGAGAAAAUCAGUGCUCUGGAGAGAACUGUUAAAGCCCUAGAAUUUGUUCAGAGUGAGUCCCAGAAAGAUUUGGAGAUAACCAAAGAAAAUCUGGCUCAAGCCAAUGAACACCGCAAGAAGGCAGAAACAGAAUUAGCUAGCUUCAAAGUAGUGCUGGACGACACCCAAAGUGAAGCAGCAAGGGUCCUAGCGGACAAUCUCAAGUUGAAAAAGGAACUUCAGUCAAAUAAAGAAUCUGUUAAAAGCCAAAUGAAACAAAAGGAUGAAGAUCUUGAGCGAAGACUGGAGCAAGUAGAAGAGAAACACCUGAAAGAGAAGAAGAAUAUGCAGGAGAAGCUGGAUGCUUUACGCAGAGAGAAAGGUCACUUGGAAGAGACUUUUGGAGAGAUUCAGAUUACUCUGAACAAGAAAGACAAGGAAGUUAAGCAACUUCAGGAAAACCUGGACAGCACUGUAGCCCAGCUUGCAGCUUUCACGAAGAGCAUGUCUUCCCUCCAGGAUGAUCGGGACAGGGUGAUGGAUGAAGCCAAGAAAUGGGAGAGGAAGUUCAGUGAUGCCAUUCAAACCAAAGAAGAAGAAACUAGACUCAAAGAGGAGAACUGCAGUGUUCUAAAGGAUCAGCUUAGGCAGAUGUCCAUCCAUAUGGAGGAAAUGAAGAUCAAGAUUUCCAGACUUGAACAUGACAAACAGAUUUGGGAGUCCAAGGCCCAGACAGAGGUCCAGCUUCAACAGAAGGCCUGUGAUACUCUACAGGGGGAAAACAAAGAACUUCUGUCUCAGCUAGAAGAGACUCAACAUCUAUACCAUAAUUCUCAGAAUGAAUUAGCUAAAUUAGAAUCAGAACUUAAGAGUCUCAGAGACCAGUUGACUGAUUUAAAUAACUGUUUAGAAAACAGUAAGGAAAAUAAAGAACAUUUGGAAGGGAUCAUAAAGCAGCAAGAGGCUGAUAUCCAAAAUCGUAAGUUCAGUUAUGAACAGCUAGAGACUGAUCUUCAGGCCUCCAGAGAACUGACCAGUAGGCUGCAUGAAGAAAUAAACAUGAAAGAGCAGAAAAUUAUAAGCCUGCUCUCUGCCAAGGAACAGGCAAUCCAAGUAGCUGUUGCUGAACUGCAUCAGCAACAUGAUAAAGAAAUGAAGGAACUGGAAAACCUGUUGUCCCAGGAGGAAGAGGAGAAUGUUGUCUUAGAAGAGAACAAAAAGGCUGUUGACAAAACCAGUCGGCUCAUAGAAACACUGAAAUCUAUCAAAAAGGAAAAUAUGCAGCAGAAGGCUCAGUUGAAUUCCUUCGUUAAAUCCAUGUCUUCUCUCCAGGAUGACCGAGACCGCAUAGUAGGUGACUACCAGCAGCUGGAAGAGAGACAUCUCUCUGUAAUCUUGGAAAAAGACCAACUCAUCCAAGAGGCUGCUGCUGAGAAUAAUAGGCUUAAGGAAGAAAUGCGAUGCUUGAGAAGCCAUAUGGAUGAUCUUAAUUCCGAGAAUGCCAAGCUGGAUGCAGAACUGAUCCAAUAUAGAGAAGACCUGAACCAAGUGAUAACAAGAAAGGACUGUCAGCAAAAACAACUCCUUGAAGCUCAACUUAAGCAGAAUAAGGAGCUAAAAAAUGAAUGUGCUAAAUUGGAAGAAAAGCUGAAGGAGUCUGAAGAAGCAAAGGAGGAUAUGCAGAGGUCCUCUGCUGCCCUCCAGGACGAGAAACAAGGUUUAUCUAAAGAGAUUGAGAGCUUGAAAGUAUCUGUAUCUCAACUAAAGAGACAGUUGACAGCCUUGCAAGAAGAAGGUACAUUAGGACUAUUUCAGGCCCAAUUAAAAGUAAAAGAAGAAGAGGUACAGAGAUUAAAUACUACUCUUUCUUCCUCUCAAAAGAGAAUGACAGAACUAGAAGAGGAAUUGGUUCAUGUUCAGAUGGAAGCUGCGAAGAAAGUAGGCGAGAUUGAAGAUAAAAUGAAGAAAGAAUUAAAGCAUCUUCAUCAUGAUGCAGGGAUAAUGCGAAAUGAAACGGAAACAGCAGAAGAGAGGGUGGCAGAGCUAGCAAGAGAUCUGGUGGAGAUGGAGCAGAAAUUACUCAUGGUUACCAAAGAAAAUAAAGAUCUCACAGCACAAAUCCAGUCUUUUGGAAGGUCUAUGAGUUCCCUACAAAAUAGUAGAGAUCAUGCCAAUGAGGAGCUUGAUGAACUGAAAAGGAAAUAUGAUGCCAGUCUGAAGGAGUUGUCACAGCUCAAAGAAGAACAGGGCCCCUUGAGAGAGAGAGAGGUUCUUGUUUCUAAAGCUGCCUUUCCAGUGAAUUCCACUGAGGAGAACAGCUUGCCUCCCCUUGAGAAACUUAACCAGCAGCUUCUAUCAAAAGAUAAGCAACUGCUUCACUUGUCUUCACAGCUAGAAGAUUCUUACAACCAAGUGCAGUCCUUUUCCAAGGCUAUGGCCAGUCUACAGAGUGAGAGAGAUCACCUGUUGAAUGAACUGGAGAAAUUCCGCAAGAUAGAGGAAGGGAAGCAGAGGUCUGCAGCCCAGUCUGCAGCCAGUCCAGCUGAAGUACAGAGUUUAAAAAAAGCUAUGUCAUCACUCCAAAAUGACAGAGACCGACUACUGAAGGAAUUGAAGAAUCUGCAGCAGCAAUACUUACAGAUUAACCAAGAGAACACUGAGUUACGUCCACUGAAGGCUCAACUUCAGGAGUAUCAAGAUAAGACAAAAACAUUUCAGAUUAUUCAAGAAGAGCUCAGGCAGGAAAACAUCUCCUGGCAGCAUGAGCUGCAUCAGCUCAGGAUGGAGAAGGGUUCCUGGGAAAUUCACGAGAGGAGACUGAAGGAGCAGUACCUUGUGGCUCUCUCAGAUAAAGAUCAGCAGAUCAGUCAUCUGCAGAAUCUUAUGAGGGAAUUGAGAUCUUCCUCCCAGACUGAGACCCUCAAAGGACAGUACCAAAGACAGGCAUCCCCAGAGACAUCAGCUUCUCUCGAUGGGUCACAAAACCUGUCUUAUGAAACAGAAGUUCUGAGGACUCAGCUGAAUGACAGCUUAAAGGAAAUUCACCAAAAGGAAUUAAGAAUUCAGCAACUAAACAGCAAGUUUUCUCAGCUGCUCGAAGAGAAAAACACCCUUUCCGUUCAGCUCUGCGAUACCAGUCAGAGCCUUCGUGAGAACCAGCAGCACUACAGUGACCUUUUUAAUCACUGUGCAGCCUUGGAGAAGCAGGUUCAAGAGCUGCAAGUGGGGCCACUGAAUAUAGAUGUUGCUCCAGGGGCUCCCCAGGAAAAGAAUGGAGCUCACAGGAAGCCUGAUCCUGAAGAACUCAGGCAGCCACAACGAAGCUUUUCGGAAGCCCAGCAGCAGCUGUGCAACACUAAACAGGAGGUGAACGAGUUGAGGAAGCUGCUGGAAGAAGAACGAGACCAAAGAGUGGCUGCUGAGACUGCCCUCUCCGUGGCCGAGGAGCAGAUCCAGCGGUUGGAGCACGGUGACUGGGACUCCGCCCGGACUCCUAUCAUUGGCUCCUGUGGCACUCAGGAGCAGGCACUGCUAAUAGACCUUCCAGGCAACAGUUGUCGAAGGCCACGGAGUGGUGCUGGAUGGAAGCGGGUACUGCGUUCACUCUGUCAUUCCCGGACCCGAGUGCCACUGCUAGCGGCCGUCUACUUUCUAAUGGUUCAUGUCCUACUCAUUCUAUGUUUCACAGGCCAUCUAUAAACUUAGUUCUUACCUUUUGGACCACUCCUCUCAGAACUUGGAAUUCUCUCACCUCUGAAGUCAAAACCAUCAAUUCCAACGCAAUAGUCUUCCCACUUAUAGGUCCUCUCUCCAAGUCUACACAGAAAGUGCCUGCAAAACAGAUGUGGAUGUGAGCACAGGUUAGCACUGCAAGGACCAGCAAGUCUGCUUUCUUCUACUGCCCAGCACCGGAACACUUUUGCAUAAUCUGAGGAGGCCUCACGGUUGGUUGUUGAACUCAAGAUUUGUUCAGAUUUUGCAGGGCCCUGAUCUCUUGUGGUCCUGAAAGAUGCAGAGGCAUGUUUUUCAGCCUGGAUGGCGGUUUCAAUAAACCUAAUAAUCUGAAGUCCAGUAUCAUUUUAA